AUGUUUUUUAUUGUAUACUGUGUGGAUCUGCCACAAUUCAGUCCAGCUGGAAGUGAUUAUAUAGGAAGUGGGGAAAAGUAUUCUUAUGCAUUAUACGCUUCAGUUACACUAUCGUAUAAAAAUGCUAAAGAACGUUGUAGAACUAUGCAUACUGGUGGGGAAUUACUUAAAAAUGCAAGUAAAAGUAAAGAUCUUGAUAAGAUUAUUUAUCCAUUACUUUAUAUUGGUUAUAUCAACAUGAAUACGGAAUUCUGGAUUGGUGAUGAUGUGGAUGACAGUGAAAAUUGUAUUGAUGGGAAAUGUAAUUCAGCACGUAUAUUGAAAUUAAUUGCUCAUGUGGAUGAAGUAUCUCCAUCCACCUUUGAAGUAAGACAAAAAGAUGAACUACACGGAUUUAUUUGUGCUUUUCCAAGCUAUUUAAGCAAUGUCUGUCCGAAAGGUUUUAAACCGUUUAAAUCUCUUAGAUGA